UUUAAAACUGACUGAGCAUGCGCGACUGACGUAUAGUGGUUGGUAGUAAAGCAUGUCGGGUCUUAUAUAUCAAUUCGGCUUAAGCUAAAUAACUAUAAACUGAUAUUGAGUGACUCUGUUCCAAUCGAGUAAACGUACAAAGUCAGUGUUGUUUAAUGUUUAAACAGAAACGGAGCCAUCAAAUACGAGAGGAUUUUUAUAUGGAUUUUAUUUUACAAUCUUAGAUGUGGUGUACAGUUAGGAGUAUAGAGUAACGAGGAUUAAGUCAAUGUCGUUUUAAACGAUAGUAGGAGACAUAAUUUAUUAGGACAAAAUGAAGUUGUUCAGAUUGAGAUUCAUUUUACUUGGAUUAUUGUUGUGUUUAUAUCAUGUUUGGUGCUUAACUUGUGGAACUGACUUUGAUGACACCGCUUCCAGUGCUUAUACCGCAGACAUUGUUAUAAUAGGCGCUCUUACACAGUUAUUACCUCCAACUGACAACAUAUAUAAUGCUACGGUUACAAUAAGUAAAAAUCGUAAUGUACUUAAAGGUAAAUCUUUAUUAGAAAGUAAGAGACUCUUAAACAGAAGGGGUUCACGUCUCCUGACCAUAGGGAAAUUUGGAAAACGUAGCCCAGAAUACUGCAUUGCAGAUAUCAAAAGGGACGAGGAAUAUAUAUUCUUCUUAAAUAGAACUAACGAUAGAAAAUAUUUUAAACUUUCGGCAAUGCCAUUGUCGACAAGUAAUAAAAAGCUUACAAGAAGAGCAAAAAAGAAUAUAAAGAAAAUUCUGUGCAAUAACCCACCCUGUGUUAAACUUCCCAACUUCGAUCCAAAAAGAAUAAUGAAAGACCAAACGAUUGAAGAAGGGAAAAAAUUGGAAUUGAACUGUAGAUUAAAAAGAAAGCCAUUACCUAAUGCAGUAUUCACAUGGUUAAAAGAUGGAAAGGAUAUCAAUACUUUACCUAAGAAAAAAGUGCGAAUACGGACCACAAAGAAGGGUUCUCGUCUCACUAUCCGAAAGGCAGUCGCCGGAGAUUCGGGAAUUUACGAAUGUAUUGCAAGAAACGUAGGAGGAGCUGUGAAGCAAGAGGCUGUGAUAAAAAUUGGAGGAGACACUCCACCCGAAGCAUCAAUUCCAGAAAUGAAAGAUAAGAAACAAAAGUUUGGAGAGACUAUGAGAUUGACUUGUAAAAUUAAAUCAAAAACGAGUCAAGUCACCAAGUUUACUUGGAAAAAAGAUGGCAAGGAACUUAAAACCGGUGAUAAGGAAGGAUUAACCAUCCGUUCCAAAGAUGACGAGUCGAAGUUGCGAAUUGCGAAAACGUUGUUGUCAGAUGAGGGUAUAUAUACAUGUAUAGCGACAACAAAUAAUGGAGAAACAAUUCAACACUCCAAUGUCUCCGUCUUCGAUGUUGUGCAUACUCCAGGUCCAGUCAAGACGGUCGAUUGUGAUCCAGAGUUCAAAGAAUAUUGUCUGAAUGGCGGCAAUUGCUCAAAAUACGUAGAUUUAAAUGAAACAUUUUGCACAUGUCCAAGGAAUUAUAAAGGUAGACGGUGCGAAGUUUUCUCCAUAUUAGAUGUCAAAAGAUCAUCGGGGGAGGAGCAGCUUGCUCGGGAACGGACAUUUAUCGUCGUAGGAAUCAUUAGUGGCAUUUUACUCUUCAUUGGUAUCUGUGUUGCUUCAUACUUCCUCGCAAAACGACGUCGGGACGAAUUCCAUCGCCGGCGGCGUCAGAGGGCAAAUGGCAAUAUAGAAGAUAACAUUCCACAGGUUUAUAGACCACUAAUCGGCUGUGAUGAUAUAGAUGGACUCACGAAGAAAAUGAAUGGUGUUCUUAUGCAUAAGGUAAAUGAGACUCAAACGAUGGAGACAUGUUUCCUUACUUCUGAUAAGACAAAUCUCUACAUUAAUCCAUUGGAAGGAUACACUAGAAAUGAUGGCGGUGAUAGAAAUUCAAGAUCCAGGAAAACUGCCGUCUCUCUUGAAGACGAUCCUAGAAGAAGAAAAAGUCAGAAUAAUGAUCAAAAUGAUGGAAACGAAAUUAGAAAAAGCAAUCCUGGUAAUAGAGAUGAUAGAAACGAUCUUGAUAACAAAAGUGGCAGUAUUGGGAAGCAUCUGAAUGUUGAUGGUGCCCCUGAUAGGAUGAAUGAUCUUAGUCCAAGACAUAAUCCAAUACAGAAAGUGUCAGAGAGACCAGUCGGUGCUAAUCAUAAUCCUAAUAUUCCAAGUCCAAAAUCCACUAGGCCGCCUGCGUUAAAUCUGGAUACGGACAGUGAUGAUGAAAUACCCGUUGAUGGAACGCCAUUGACUCCUUUACAUAUAAGUGAGGAGGAAGAUAAUUCUGAAUUGUUCAAGAAGUGCAAGCCAAAGAGAACGGAAGAAGAAAACACUGAACUUUUUAAAAAGUGUAAGCUAAAAGCAACAGCACUUCAAGCGUUUGGACCUAGAAAGCAAGGCAAUGUACCUAAACCUGCGUUUGAAUCUGUUAGGAAACAAGAGAAUAUACCCAAAUCUAAUUCCAAAGAAACAAAUAUGACUUUACCGAUACACUCGCCCGAGAAUAAUACUGCUGUAUCAACAAAUGGCGAAACUGAUACGCCAGGUAAACGAUCUAAAUCCACUUCUAGUGCCAAUGAGGACAGUGAUAGCAGUUCAAGCACAACAGAAGGUUGUGAUUCGCCGGGAACAGCCUGGGCUAAUUCGCAAGAAUUUUCCGACAUUUCCCCUACCCCACCAAAGACUUGGAACGAGAGAGGUUCGCCAGAACAUUCGUCUAGAUUGUCACCAGCGUAUUUUAACAUAAUGCAAGAUAAAGUACAUAAACCGUUUGCGAACAAAGGCCAUAGAUACCCGCCAGAUACAAGGGAAGAUGACAGAAGAAACAAUAAACUUAGAACAAACAUAAAAGACAAAUUUUCUAUAGCAAUUUAAAUAAGAAAUGACAAGAAAAGAUUGAAAUCGUCAGAUGCCUAAUGGUAUCACAUGUUGCCUAUUGACACGAGAUGGAGAGAGGAGUGGAGCAAUUUCGGAUAUAUUUAUACUGAACAAAAUGGAUUGAAUAAUUCCUGAAGGGGUGAAAACUGUGGCACAGUAAGUGCUUUUACGGUAAACGUUCGCAUUUCGAAACUUGAAAAAGAGAUUGCUUUCGUUAGAUUGUCUGAGUUCAUCUGUUAUGCAUUCAUACAUACACACACAUUACAAGAAUAUCAGGCGAAAUGUUCCCUGAAAAGUGAUUGCAUCCCUUUAAACAUUAUACGUUGUCUUAUUGUUUCCUUUUCUGAUGAAUAUUGCCCCUGAUUAAACCCAUACGAGCCAUUAGUAGUUUUGACUUUUUGUUUCUAUGAUCACGACGUUAAUAAAUCAAGACAAAGUAAUCAAAUAUUGACGACAAACGUAAUGCAUUCUACAACAAAGUAGUUGCAAAAGAAGAUACAGUAUUAGUCUGCAUUAGGCUAAAUAACUAACAAACUCCUUUUUUAAACAUUAUACGACGAACGAUGAGAAUUGUUUAAUAAAAAUUUAAUGUUUUCAGGGAUUUUCAAAGGCUGAUAUUUUUGAAUUGUGUUCUAUCCAUAUUGAAUCAUUCCGUGUAAAUACACAUUUUCUAUUUAUGUUGGCUGUUGAUCAGUCUUUGGUAUUGUAAAUAUCGUUUCAAAAUAUUGUAUUUGCUUAAAUAUUUAUGUAAUUUAUGUUAAAUGCUAUAAUUUGUAAGGUUUAGAAGGGGCUGCUCAUUUUUAUAAUUUACACAUAACUUAUUUACACAGUUAAUACUGUAAAGACACUUUUUCGUUAACAAAAGAAAUACCAAUUGCAGUGGUUGCAAUUUCGAAUUUGUGAUAUGAUCAAAAAUGUUUAUUGAUUAGCAAUUAAUAGCCUUUUUAAAUAAAGGAUAAAUCAUGGCAUUGGCAUAUAUCAAGAGUGAUGAAUGGUGAAAUGGAAGAAGAUGGUACAGAAUAGUUUAGUAAGAAAAGAAAUGCAAAUUCGUAACUCAAGCCAUUCAUUAUUGGUAAGACGGCCCUUUCUGAGACGAAUAAAGGAAUAAGAAUAUAUUAUAGUUACUGAUUAUUUAUCAGUAUUUGAAUAUUUAAAAUUCUUUUUUUUUUAGUCUUUGCAUAACGUUUCCAUCAAUAAUUGUUUCAGAGUAUUAAAAACGUUUAAGAUUUAACACACAUACUUUCGGUCAUAAGUUAUAAAAAAUCACUUUGUACAUUUUCUUGUAACAAGUUAAUCUUCCAAUUUUCAUUUCGUAUUUGUGGCGGAUGUGUUUUAGACAGUGCGGGCUGACAUCUAUUUGAAUGUUCAUUUGUGUAACGGUGUAACACUACCUUAAAUAUAAGCAUUUAUACUGCUCACUAUCACUGUUUCAUACAUUCCAUAUGUUUAAGGUGCUGCGGUGAUAUGUUUAAAUCGGACAAUUAAAAUGUAAAGAGGGAUAGAGGACGCGCAUGUUGCAUAAUUAUAGGAGCGUGAAGGCAUGUAAGCAGAAAAAAACCUUGUUUGAAUGUCAGAUAUUUAGGUUGAAAUCCAUGUUAGCUAGAAUCUUUUGUCUGUACGUAGUCAUGAAACACACAAAUAUAAUGUUAGAUGUAUUCAUAUUUGUAAAACAUAAAAACAUACAUCUGAACUGCAAGUAAAUACAAUGGAAUCGCAUAAAAUAUGUUUUUGUGUAUAUAAUAUCCGUAUUGACAAAGAUCGUAUAUAACUAAAAUUGUUCGUCAAGUAAACAAUUCAUCUACAAUCUUUAUUUGAACAUAAUGGUUAAAAAAAACAAUUUGAUGUCUUGCCAAAAGAAAUAAGGAAAAUAUUUGCCUUUAAUAUAAGAAGGAAACUUUGACACAGCUAAUUGAGAAUUAUUAAGUAUCCUGGAAACCCUGAAUUGCAUACAAGAAAAGAAACACAUUCAAAUUUCAGAACAGGAUGUAAUAGAAACAGUUUAUGGUGAAGUUGUAAAACGUGAAUAUGAAAACGUGAGAGAACAUUGAACUGUUUACGUUUUGUUGAUAAAAGCGGUAUGGUAGAGUUAGAUUUCUGUUUGAGGUCAUGCGCCGCCUUAAAUUUAAUGAUUCCAUUAAAUCUUUUCAUUUUAAUAUAUUGAUAAAAAAAUAAUCAAAUAGUGUAAUAUUUAACAAUGUUGUAUGUUUUUAGAUGUAAUAUAUUUGUAUAUUGUGAACGCUUUAUAUGUACAUUGUAUGCAACUUUCGUUAAUAUAUCGUUUAAUAUAUGUAAAACAGCACUGCCAAUUAGAAUGUAUAUUCUGUAUAUAUAGCAUUUGAUAUGUAUAUUUAUCAUUAAGAUUUUAUAACGUUACUAUGUGUAUAUAUAAAGCUGUUUUAUUUAUGCCGAAUUAUUAUGCAAUUUUGUACAGACUUGUUAUGUUACUGACAAAGGGACACUACUACUGCUGACUGUAAGCGUACCGUAUGUUAUGUCUGAAUACAUUUAAACUGUUUGUUAUAUACAUUUGCAUUUCUUAGUAAAUUUCCAACUUUAUCAGUUUCUUCAUCUGUGAAAACUUGUACCGCCCAGUGGGUAACACAUUGAAAACAUUGGUUUCACUGGGCUUUAAUGGACAUAAUUGGAUAAUGAACAGUUUCUACGAUAUUAAUUAAUGGAUAAUAGUUUUGAAUAACUGAUAUUGACACUUCAAUAACUUUUACCUGUUUUAACCAUUCUUUAAUGUGUUAUUAGUUCGUAUUCAACCGCAUCAUAUGAAGAAUAACUGUAUUCAAUCAUAGUAAUUCUGUUAAGCCACAGUACAUAUUUUUUAUGAGAAAGAAACAAUAUAUUAUAUUAUUUUUUAUUUUGUUUUAACUUCAGUGAUAUGGUUCGUAAAUUAUCUAAAAUGCAGGGCAUAUGCUAAUUAAAAACAAUAGUUUUGUCUAUCCUUGACAGCCCAGUUGGAAUCAAAUACAAACUUAUUAAAAAAAAUGUAGUCGUGUAAAUAUUUCAAUGAACCUAGAUACUUAAUUUUUGUUUGAUAUCUAUUAUGAAACCGUAUCUACAUUUGAAAGUUUCAAUACAUGUUAGAUUUAACUUUGAAAUAUACUCUUUGCUAGCAUAUGCAAAUGCUUGCAACAAAACGCAUUGAAUAGUUUUCCGUCUAGCAAAUGAUGUUAAGUUUUGUAAAAUUGACAUAAAUUUUUAACAAGUUGCAUUGCGAUUGUUUUCAGUGAAACUGUUGAUGUAUGUAUGAAAAAUUAUUUGCAUGACUUUGUGUUUAAAUAUGAAUGAUACAUGUAUUUAUGUAAAGGUAUUUAUUGAAAACAAACUAGUCGUAAGUGUGCAUAUGUUUUGGUUCUACAUCAUUGUGGCGGUUGAUGUAUAAAUUAUACAUUUUCAAAAUAUGUUAGAAUUUUUAAAUUGUGACUUAUUAUCAAUAAACUAAUUUUCUGCUACA